AUGAAGAUGCUCCUCCUGCAACUUUUUGAGAUCUGUGUCUUGGCUCUCGCCGUUGGGGGCAUUGUGGUCAAGGACGAAACACCGCUGAGAAAGAACACAGAGAAAGGUGGAAGAGAAGGGUUCGGUUUUGGGACUAUCAGCCACAAGCACGGAGGCCUCAGCUACAGUUCCAUCAGCCGCGGAUCAAGUUCAACUGGACAUGGAAGCCUCAUUAGCUCCGUGGGUUAUGGCCACGGAGGAAUUGGGCACGGAAAUUUCAUUAGUUCCGUGGGGCAUGGGUAUGCUGGAGUCGCUUCUAGUGUUGGACCCCGAGGAUUCGAGCUCUCUUCAGGACACGGUUAUGGAGGUUUCGGUCACGCCGGUCUUGGUGGAGGUGCCAGUUUCGGGGGAAGUGCUGGAGCCCAGUUGCAAGUGAACACCAUAACCCAACAAGUUCCAUUCCCGGUGCCACAGCCAGUACCGGUCACCAUCAACAGACCCGUCCCUGUGCCCGUCCCUGCUCCAUACCCUGUCACUGUCCCCCGCCCUGUCCCUGUACACAUACCCCAACCGGUCCCUGUUACCGUGGUGAGGCCCGUCCCUGUCACCGUCAGCAGACCCCUCCCUGUGCCCGUACCUCAGCCGGUCCCUGUUCCUGUACCUCAACCAUACACCGUGCCUGUCCCUCAGGCCGUACCCGUGCAAGUGCCUCAGCCUGUGGCUGUCCCUGUGCCUCAUCCGGUUACUGUGGAAGUACCCCAGCCUGUGCAAUUACCGUCCGGUAACGCCGAGACCGUGGGAUUCGGCCGUGGUUUUGGUGCACUGGGACACGGGUAUGGGGGAGCUGGAGGGCUUGGGCACAUCUCGGCUGGGCUCUACGGGAAGCACUGA